AUGUCAGAGAGCAGCCGCGAGUCUGCUGCUUCCCAGCAGCAGAAGAGGUCUGACCAGCAGCAGCAGCAGCAGCAGCAGCAGCAGCAGCAGCAGUUGCUGCUGGACUCCUCGCGGACUUCAGUAUCUUUCAACUCUGGGCGUGCGGGCCGUCUGCAGGGGGCGCCAGCAGCAGGAGCCGCCCCAGCAGCAGCAGCAGCAGCAGCAGCAGCAGCAGCAGCAGCAGCAGCGGGGUGCACGGGUGCGUCGUCGAGCGUGGGGAGCAGCAGCGGGAGCGUGAGUUCGUUUUUCAUGCCGCAGCAGCAGCAGCAGGGGCUUGCUGCAGCAGCGUGUGCUGCUGGGGCUGCGCAGCAGGGCGUGGGGAGCAGCGCGCAGCAGCAGCAGCAGCAGCAGCAGCAGCAGCAGCAGCAGCAGCACGUGGCUUCCUCCUCCGUAGCAGCAACAGAAGGCUCGCCCCCCAGCAGCCCGCGCAGCACUUUUUCCUCAGUGCAUUCUUACGGCCAAGAAGGUUAUUCCCCAGUGCCUGCGCUGGAGCUGUCUGCUGCUGCAGCAGCAGCAGCAGCAGCAGCAGCAGCAGCAGCAGCAGCGGGGCGGGUGCCGCCGGAGGCCGACGGCGGCUGCGGACGCGGCGCCGCCGCAGCAGCAGCAGCAGCAGCAGCAGCAGCAGCAGCAGCAGCAGAAAGCCCCUUCGAAGUGGCAUCUUUGAAUGAAUACACAAUUAUUCCCAUGAGAAGUGAUGUCCUCGAAAUCACUCAAGAAGGCAGCAGCAUUCGCAUGCGCUGCGAAGACGGCUCCGAGUUUUUGCUGCCCCGCGCGGACUGCCUCGUGAGGGUUUAG